UACACGCCAGUCCAGUCCUCCAGUCCAGCUGUGCUUGGCGUUCCGUGUAGUCGACAGUCGAGUCGGUUUCUUUUGUUCGUGAUCAAAAUCGUCAUCUGGAAUCUGAGUGAAUUUGUCGUUCGCGUUUUGUCAAAUUUAACUCCAGUGAAUAAGUGAUCAAUAAAUAGUGUGCUAAAUUAGUGUUGUGAGAGGUGCUUAAUUUAGAACCAAGAAUCAAACAACAAUCACAAAAACGGUACCAUUCAAUUACCUACUAGUCUCAAUAAAGCAAAAUAAAACCCCUCCUAAUUAUUAUCUCUAUCCUUAACUGCUAUCCUUCUUGAAGCAUUCGACGUUCUGUCACUUCUAUGGAGCAUCUCCUAGGCCUACGUAAAAUCACACUUUGGUUAUGUUCUCGGAAGUAUAGGACUGGUCUGAUUUAAACCAUGCUGGUUUCGUCCAUGAUGACAGAAAUAAGUUCAUACGAGUCCAUGAGUAUUUGGCAUACAAAAUUUCCUUUUGGAAGGUGAUGUUUAAGUGAAAACACACAAUGCAGGUAGCAGAGACUGUUCCGCUGCUGCUGUUGAGUGCGUUUGUGUGUUUGUGUGCGAGUGCGGUGGAGCAUCAUACUCGACAUUCUGUUCCUAAAUAUCUAACUCCAUGUCCUCAUUCUUGUCAAUGUAUUAUAAUAGACCAUUACACAGAGACUGUUGACAUAGUAUGCAAGAACCGGCCCAGCAACGGAAUAAAACUACCUCCAUCUGUUACAAGUCUUGUCUUCGAAAAUGUCUCAACUCUGUUUCUUCAGUCAUCUAACUUAGUUCCUACAUCGUCCAGCGGGUCUGAGAUGAUCAAAGUAGUUUAUACACAAAGUGAAAUCAAGGGAAUUAGUCAGCAUACAUUUUCAAAACUUCCUUAUUUAGAGCAUUUAGAUUUGAGUAGGAAUUUCAUAUCAGAGAUACCCUUAUUAGCUUUUUCCCCCUUAUCUCGUUUAAGAGUUCUCGAUUUAUCUAACAAUUAUCUAUCGACACUCCCAAAUGACAUGCUCGAAAAUCAAUUGUCUCUACGUGAACUUUACAUAUCAAAGAACCAGUUAGAGGCCAUGCUUACGGAAACCUAUGCAAACUGCAGUGAACUUCAAGUGCUUGAUUUUUCGCACAACAGAAUCUUAGAUAUUUCCGAAGACGUCAAACUUAGUUCCAGUUUGAUCACCCUCCUUCUCAAUAACAAUAAACUGAAAUCAGUUCCGAUUCAAAUGUUCACAAAUCUGGAGAAUUUAGAAAUACUAGACUUGGCAAACAAUGAAAUACAAUUUAUAUCAGAUCAAUUAUUUCAUAAACUGAAAUCCUUAGAAAAAUUGGACCUUCAAGGAAAUCGAAUAGCAGAAAUACCGACUGAUAGCUUUAAAGAACUGAUUCACUUGCAAGUAUUAAACAUAAGUAAAAAUCCGAUUGAAAAUUUGGAUGAUAAAAUGUUGCAAUCUAAUUUAGAACUUAACACACUAAGUUUCAGUGAAACUCUUAUAAAUAAAAUUAAUGCCCGUCUUUUAGCGAAACUUAAAAGACUGAGAGUCCUAGAUGCUAGUCAUAAUUAUCAUCUAGAGACGAUAGAAGACUUCAAAAUUAGCUCUAGUAAUCAUUUGCAGUUCAUCGAUCUCAGAAAUGGAAACUUAACAAGUUUGCCAAUAUUCAUUUCUCAUUUGCAAGUGGUAGAACAAUUGAGGAUUGAAGGCAAUCCUUGGAAAUGUGACUGUAGAUCUGGAUGGUUUAUAGAAUGGCUUCAAAAUCAUGAGCAUUCCGUGAACACAACUCUCACAUGUGACGGUUCAGAGAAUCUUCUAGACAAAUUGAUAUCCCUCAACUGUGAACCACCACAAGCGAUCAACGACACAACAACAGAGGUGUUAGAGUUCAGGUCAUCUGCAAUGCUCACGUGUCUGUUUAAUGGUGAACCAAUUCCAUCCAUUACUUGGGUGACACCGUCCGGGUAUAUCUUUCACUACUAUCCCAAAAAUGCCACAGACAUUUUCUCUAGUCAUCCUCGAAUCCAUCUUUAUGAUCUUGAACCCAUCGUUGAAAGUAGAAUACAAGUCAUGAGCAAUGGAUCUUUGCACAUCCAAGAAAUCCACCGCCAGGAUGCGGGAAUAUACACUUGCAUUGCCAUCAACCCUGUGGGAAAUUCAACAUCGCACAUCGUGGUGACUCUCGACAGAGAAACAUUUUUCCACAUAAAACUAAUGUGCAUCAUUGUAGGCGCCUCAUGUGUUAUUGCAGUUCUCUUGUGCACAGCCAUUGGUCAGAUUAUCUACUGGAUAUGUAAAAAGUGCGGACUUGUAGAAGAGAGAGGAAAACAACUGAUACAACUACGAGAGAAUAUCGAAACCUACAAAUCACAGCAACUUGAAAGCCUCAGACAAAACUACACUCAACAGGUACAUCGGAUUAAAGAGAACUGCACGCAACAAGUGGAAUGGAUCCGAGACAGCUACCAGUCACAGGUGAAGCAUCUCAAAGACUUUAAGCACUACGGCUCACACCAGUUUUCAAGUAUGAGGGAUCAAUAUUAUGACCAGAUGAAGAAAGUCAGGGACUACUCGACGUCACAGCUGGGCUGGGUCCGAGAGAACUACGUGUUCCAGAGGAACCGAGUCCAGAAGUUCAGUUCGCACCAGGUGCUGCGGUUCCGAGAAUCAUACAAGUACCAGCAGCAAACGCUCAACAAGAUCCUAGAAAAUCUUCCCAAUCUGCAUCUGGACAACUGUAGAGGCAGCUCAUGCGGAAGAUCAGAAACAUCCAUGUUCACAGACCCGAAAGAAGAUUUUCAUGAAGAACUGGUGGAUAUUCAAGAUAUCAGUGAGUACGUUAAGACUGAACUGGAACAACUGACUGAUCCUGCAGUGCUAGACGAAGGUAUAGAUGCACAAUCCGUGUACUACACUCCGUCCGAACUGUCUGAUGGUCCUCAGUCUCCUGUGAAGGAGAUGCUACUCCGAAGACAACUACAGUACUCCAUAACACCUGAGGCCUACAGUCCAGAUAACCCUCUAGAUAGGCCCAGUACCUCCUACUCCACGGUCCCCUGGCUGCCAGACAGUCCCUGCCAUGUGUUCCACAGUUCCCAGUCCGGGAUACAAGUUCCCCAGGGGGACGAGGAGUUCCAGGUGCCUCGCACGCUUCAGUCCUCCACUAGUCUCCCCGAGAUGCCGCAGCUGUGUGACGAUGACAAGAUGUUUCCGUCGGUGCCCGCGACCUCGCACGAGACAGCUCUCUAGUGCCAAAGUGUAAACUGUUGAGUGCCCUGUAAUAUUUUUUAUGGCUGUGAUAGCUUUGUUCCAAAAGGUGACCUGUGUCUUCAAAGUUUCUUGUGUAUGGGUUAGGAAGAUUGCUCAAACAUUGGACUCGUAGUUGUAUCAUUUCUUUCUCUCUCUUAUCUGCUCUCCACUUACCACCUCUCAUUUGUCAGAAAAGUAUGAAAUUUUUAAAUUAAAGUUAAAAUUUUAAAAUUAUUUUACAAAUAUAUGUAUGAAUAAAAAGUUUUGCCAUUGUGUUAGUUAUUAGGAAAUAUAUACAGCUAAACAAAGUGGUGUUUUUUUAAGUCUUACGAAAAAAAUUAAACAUACAAAAAACGGCUGAAAUUAAGUUUAUUAUUGCCAUUAAGGUAGAUAUGACAUUAUUUAAUUCAUGUAUAACAUUUUGAUUUACAUAUACCGCUUAGAUUUGUAUACAUAAUUUGUUAAUGGUUAUUGUUAAUUACUUCACAUAUCUUUGUUAUAUAGUGAUGUACAUAUUUGUUUACGAAUAACCAUGAAUGUGUAAUAAAUGCUGUAUUAUAAUAACUCUUUUUUUCUAUAGGCCCUAAUUUACGUGCCUUUUUUUGUCUUUUUAAAAUACAAAAUUAUUAUACAACAUUAUUCCUAUUUUAAAAUUAAUUUAACGUUAUUUGGUUUAGUUAUGAAUUUUGUAUAUCCAUUAAUGUCAUUAUUUUACAUGCUGUACCAACAGGAAAUUAUUUGUAUAUAUUGAUAUUUUUUUAAAACAAUAUUACUACCUGGCUUGAUGAGAUUUAGCCAUUCAGGUAGUACUUGUGAUCAACAAUUCACCAUGUACUUAAAACUGAGUUUAAUUAAUUAAAAAGUCUAUCCCUUGAAGAAAUAAAAUUAUUAUUUUUUAUUGCCAUAUUUUCUUGGCACUUUUUGAAUGAAAAAAACAUUUUAACAAUAGAGAUUUUGAGCAAUGUUCAAAUAUUUAUGAUCGAUUAAACCUAAUGUUUAUUUGCUGUUUCCAGUGUUUCCUUUAUUUGUUAUUUGCAGUUGUCAAAAGAGAGAUUUUUAUGUAUCAGUGAAUUAAUAUCAUUUAAAAACUAAUAGCAACAUAUUUAAAACAUUCACUAUAUUUAGUAUUAUUGAUUCUAAAUUUUCUCUGAUUACAAAAAUGUCUUUAGUAGUUUAUUGAAGUAUUGUACUGCAACAAAAAAAAUCAGCAAUGGUUAAUUUUAAACCUUGAAUGCAUUUUAUACAACUGAAAUAGCCAAUGAUCACUUAUAAUUUAGAAAUAGGCUUAGGUAAAGAAAAUAACAACACAAGUUAAUUGCAACUGUAUUGCACUAUAAUUUGGAGUAAAUCUAUACAAAAUAAUGCCAUACAAAUUUAAUAAUUAAACUAUGAGCUAUGGAUAAUACUAUGAAACUCAUAAUAUGUAGUGUUUUAAAGGAAAAAAUUACAAUAAUGUUUAAGUCCAAAUAAUGUAAUGUCAUCUCUUAUAUAUUUCAAUAAAGAAAUAAUUCAUUGAAGCACUAGUAGUAAAAGUAUCACAUUUUCUAGCAAACUUAAACCUACAUUAGAAUUAGAAAAACUGUAUACAUUAAUAGGGAUUGUUUUGUUUUGAAAUCUUUACUCACUGAAAUUAUUUCUGUGAGCUAAACUUUAGGAGUGUAAUGAAUACUUCUAUAGGAUAUUUACAGGAAAUGACGAUUCAGUGUAUGAAAUUGGUAAUUGAUAAUAUGGGCUGAUUAUUAAUUUAUAAUUGUUUUGAUUUCCAUAAUAUGAUAAAGGCCUAAAACAAUUUAUAGGCCUAUUGAUAACAAUUUAUCGUCAAAAUUGGUCUCAAUUAAUAAUUAACAAAAUAUUUUAUAAAUUUAAGAAUUCAAAUUUUCACCUGCUAGCCUAGCUAAAUGAUUUUUAAAAUUGUCAUUUUAAUUUAAUCGGAAACAUGUUUUUUUUAGUAAAUAUAUAGUCUCUGCUUCUUUACAUGGCCAGAAUCUAAAUUUAGAUAAGUGGUAAAGUAUUUUAGUUUUCUUUUUAUAAUAAUCAGAACUUUCACAUUUUAAUGAAACUAACACAGAGUAUGAAACUUUAAGUAGCCUAUCAUUUAUAUUUUUCAAUCUCUGAAAUAGAUAUACCUAUAUGAAUAUAAGGUUGUAUUUUAAUAAAUAAAUGCAAUAGUUCAUUGCACUUAUCAAACUGCUUAUGUAAAAACCUAGCAAUUCAUCUGUAUUUUAUUGCUUCUGGUAUUAGGGUAGAUGCCAUGUUGGCAAAUCCAACAAAAGUUAUGACUGUUUUACUUUUGAUUUAUAUAACUAAAUCGCUGGGUUAAGGUAGAAAAAACUGUCAGGGCAACGUCUUGAAACAUCGGCGUCCCUGAUAACUGGCCACCAUGAAAAAUAGUCCUCUCCGGCAUACAAAAGUGUCAAUCAGCAAGUUUGACUUUUAAUAUACAUUUUCUAAACAACAAUGUGAUUUUGCUGCAAAAGUUUAGCAUAAGAAAAGUAUCAAAUAUUUUAGGUUAAGAUUACAUAGGAGUUAGUAUUUCAAAUGCUCUUCUAUUUUCUAACUAUGGAAAGAAAACCACACAGAGAUGUGAUUAAUUGGUGGCCAUUUAGAAGGAAGGCUAGUGUUUAUUCAUUAUAAAACUGAGUUAAUUCAUAACAACUGUUUGUAGAUAGAUUGGUGGUAACUUUAAUGUGACUUAUUUAUUUAUAUUAUUUUGUGUCCUUUUGUUCUGUGAAUGAUUAUUUGUACAAAUGCGUAAUAAAUCUUUGUUGCUCUAAAA